GGUGAUGUUGGAGGCGGCAUGUGACUCCCGGGGCUACGUGGGCUCGAAAACAAUUUAAAUACAAAAACACAAGCAGGUCCCUCCUCUCCUUUGCCUUUUGGUCUGGCUCUCCCUGCCUUUGCGCUGGUGCCUGACCGAAUGGGCAGCCCGUCGCCGUGCGGCCACUAACCUGUGCGCGCCGGGCACCUGGAGGCCGGGCCCUCGCUGGCCCCGGCGCCCGCCCGUCCUUUUGCAGCCGCGGACUCCGCGCCUGGUGUGACCACUGAGGCCCAGAGAGGUGAUGUGAUUUGCCUAAAGUCAUGCACCUCGUGGCAGAGCCAGGCCUAGAAGCCAGGUGCCCUGGCUCUCAAGACACACUGCUGCCCGAGGAAUGGAACAGAGAAUUGGAAGCUAAAGCUACCAAAGACGUAGAAAGAAAUCUUAGCAGGGAUUUAGUGCAAGAAGAAGAACAGUUGAUGGAAGAAAAGAAAAAGAAAAAAGACGACAAGAAAAAGAAGGAAGCUGCUCAAAAGAAGGUAGCCACUGAACAAAAAAUCAAAGUGCCAGAACAGAUAAAGCCCAGUGUAAGCCAGCCUCAGCCUGCCAACUCUAAUAACGGCACUUCCACAGCAACCAGCACUAAUAAUAAUGCCAAGCGAGCUACAGCCAACAAUCAGCAGCAGCAGCAGCAACAGCAGCAGCCGCAGCAGCAGCAGCAGCAGCCGCAGCAGCAGCAGCCACCACCAUCAUUGCAGCAGCAGCAGCAGCAGCAGCCGCCGCAGCCACAGGCCUUGCCUCGGUAUCCUCGAGAAGUACCUCCACGAUUUCGCCACCAGGAACAUAAGCAGCUUCUAAAGAGGGGUCAGCAUUUUCCUGUCAUAGCAGCAAACCUGGGAUCUGCUGUUAAGGUGUUAAACAGCCAGUCAGAAAGCAGUGCUGUAAUAAAUCAGCAGCCACAAAAUAACGGAGAGGUGCAGAACAGCAGAACCGAGUCAGAUAUAAACCACAAUACUUCAGGAUCCCAUUAUGAAAAUUCCCAGCGGGGACCUGUGUCUUCUACGAGUGACUCCAGCACAAACUGUAAGAAUGCUGUUGUGAGCGACUUGUUGGAAAAAGAAGUAUGGCCUUCAGCCCCUGGCAGUGAUCCAGAAUUGGCUUCAGAAUGUGUGGAUGCUGAUUCUGCCUCCAGUUCUGAAUCAGAGAGAAACAUCACUAUCAUGGCUUCAGGGAGCACAGGUGGUGAAAAAGAUAGCCUUCGGAAUAGCACUGGACUUGGUUCCCAAAACAAGUUUGUGGUUGGUAGCAGCAGCAAUAAUGUGGGCCAUGGAAGCAGUACUGGACCGUGGGGGUUUUCCCAUGGAGCCAUAAUAAGCACAUGUCAGGUCUCUGUGGAUGCUCCUGAAAGCAAAUCAGAAAGUAGCAACAAUAGAAUGAAUGCUUGGGGCACUGUAAGUUCUUCAUCAAAUGGAGGGUUAAAUCCAAGCACUUUGAAUUCAGCUAGCAACCAUGGUGCCUGGCCAGUAUUAGAGAACAAUGGACUUGCCCUAAAAGGGCCUGUAGGGAGUGGUAAUUCUGGCAUCAAUAUUCAGUGCAGUACCAUAGGCCAGAUGCCUAACAAUCAGAGUAUUAACUCUAAAGUGAGUGGUUCUUCUACCCAUGGUACCUGGGGAAGCCUUCAGGAAACUUGUGAAUCUGAAGUAAGUGGUACACAGAAGGUUUCAUUCAGUGGUCAACCUCAAAAUAUUACCACUGAAAUGACUGGACCAAAUAACACUACUAACUUUAUGACCUCUAGUUUACCAAACUCCGGUUCAGUACAGAAUAAUGAACUGCCUAGUAGUAAUACAGGGGCCUGGCGUGUGAGCACAAUGAAUCAUCCUCAAAUACAGGCUCCAUCAGUUAUGAAUGGCACUUCCCUUUCUCAUCUUAGCAAUGGAGAGUCAAAAAGUGGGGGCUCUUAUGGUACUACAUGGGGUGCCUAUGGUUCUAAUUACUCUGGAGACAAGUGUUCCGGCCCUAAUGGCCAAGCUAAUGGUGACACUGUGAAUGCAACUCUAAUGCAGCCUGGCAUCAAUGGGCCUGUGGGCACUAACUUUCAAGUUAACACAAAUAAAGGAGGAAGCGUUUGGGAGUCUGGGGCAGCAAAUUCCCAGAGUACGUCAUGGGGAAGUGGAAAUGGUGCGAAUUCUGGAGGAAGUCGAAGAGGAUGGGGAACCCCUGCACAAAACACUGGCACUAAUAUACCCAGCGUCGAGUGGAACAAACUGCCUAGCAAUCAGCAUUCCAGUGACAGUGCAAACGGCAAUGGAAAGAAGUUUACAAAUGGAUGGAAGUCUACUGAGGAAGAGGAUCAGGGUUCUGCCACAUCUCAGACAAAUGAGCAAAGCAGCGUGUGGGCCAAAACAGGAGGUGCAGUGGAGAGUGAGGGUAGCACAGAAAGCACUGGACGCCUAGAGGAAAAAGCAACUGGGGACAGUCAGAGUCGAGACAGAAGAAAACUUGAUCAGCACACAUUACUCCAAAGCAUCGUGAACAGAGCUGACUUAGAUCCACGUGUCCUGUCCAACUCUGGCUGGGGACAGACUCCUAUUAAGCAGAAUACUGCCUGGGAUACCGAAACAUCACCUAGAGGGGAAAGAAAGACUGACAAUGGGACCGAGGCCUGGGGAAGCUCUGCAGCACAGACUCUUAACUCAGGGGCAUGUAUGGAGAAGACUGGCCCUAAUGGUAAUGAUACCUCAGCUGUAUCGGGGUGGGGCGACCCCAAGCCUGCUCUGAGGUGGGGAGAUUCCAAAGGCUCAAACUGCCAGGGGGGGUGGGAAGAUGAUUCUGCUGCUACAGGAAUGAUCAAGAGCAAUCAGUGGGGGAAUUGCAAAGAAGAGAAGUCUGCGUGGAAUGAUUCGCAAAAGAGCAAACAGGGAUGGGGUGAUGGACAGAAGGCAAGCCAAGGUUGGUCCGUUUCUGCCACUGACAACUGGGGAGAAACCUCAAGGAGUAACCAUUGGGGGGAGGCUAAUAAAAAGUCCAGCUCAGGAGGUAGUGACAGUGAUAGGUCCGUUUCUGGUUGGAAUGAACUUGGUAAAACUAGUUCUUUUACUUGGGGAAAUAACAUAAAUCCAAAUAAUUCAUCAGGAUGGGAUGAAUCUGCUAAACCUAAUCCUUCCCAGGGAUGGGGAGACCCUCCAAAGUCUAAUCAGUCUCUAGGUUGGGGAGAUUCAUCAAAGCCAGUCAGUUCUCCGGACUGGAACAAGCAACAAGACCUUGUUGGGUCCUGGGGAAUCCCACCAGCUGCAGGCAAACCUCCUGGCACAGGCUGGCUGGGGGGACCCAUACCAGCCCCAGCAAAAGAAGAAGAGCCCACAGGCUGGGAGGAACCAUCCCCAGAAUCCAUACGACGCAAAAUGGAGAUUGAUGACGGAACUUCUGCCUGGGGAGAUCCAAGCAAAUACAACUACAAAAAUGUGAACAUGUGGAACAAAAACGUCCCAAAUGGCAGCAGCCGUUCAGACCAGCAAGCACAGGUACAUCAGCUGCUGCCUUCUGCAAGUGCCAUCUCCAGCAAAGAGGCAAGCAGCGGCUCUGGCUGGGGUGAGCCCUGGGGGGAGCCUUCUACUCCAGCCACAACUGUGGAUAAUGGUACUUCAGCAUGGGGUAAACCCAUAGACAGUGGUCCCAGCUGGGGGGAACCCAUUGCUCCAGCAUCCAACACAUCCACCUGGGGCUCCAGCUCUGUUGGUCCACAAGCGUUAAGCAAAUCUGGGCCAAAAUCUAUGCAAGAUGGCUGGUGUGGUGAUGACAUGCCAUUGCCUGGAAAUCGCCCCACUGGCUGGGAAGAGGAAGAGGAUGUAGAGAUUGGAAUGUGGAAUAGUAACUCAUCUCAAGAGCUUAAUUCAUCUUUAAAUUGGCCACCAUAUACCAAGAAAAUGUCAUCGAAGGGUCUGAGUGGCAAAAAAAGGAGAAGGGAAAGGGGAAUGAUGAAAGGUGGAAACAAACAAGAAGAAGCAUGGAUAAAUCCAUUUGUUAAACAGUUUUCAAAUAUCAGUUUUUCGAGAGACUCACCAGAAGAAAAUGUACAGAGCAAUAAGAUGGACCUUUCUGGAGGAAUGUUACAAGACAAACGAAUGGAGAUAGAUAAACAUAGCCUGAAUAUUGGUGAUUACAAUCGAACGGUCGGGAAAGGCCCUGGUUCUCGGCCUCAGAUUUCCAAAGAGUCUUCCAUGGAGCGCAAUCCUUAUUUUGAUAAGGAUGGCAUUGUAGCAGAUGAAUCCCAAAACAUGCAGUUUAUGUCCAGUCAAAGCAUGAAGCUUCCCCCUUCAAAUAGUGCACUACCUAACCAGGCCCUUGGCUCCAUAGCAGGGCUGGGUAUGCAAAACUUGAAUUCUGUUAGACAGAAUGGCAAUCCCAGUAUGUUUGGUGUUGGAAACACAGCAGCACAACCCCGGGGCUUGCAGCAGCCUCCAGCACAACCUCUUAGUUCAUCUCAGCCUAAUCUCCGUGCUCAAGUGCCUCCUCCAUUACUCUCCCCUCAGGUUCCAGUUUCAUUGCUGAAGUAUGCACCAAACAACGGUGGCCUGAAUCCGCUCUUCGGCCCUCAGCAGGUAGCCAUGCUGAACCAGCUAUCCCAACUAAACCAGCUUUCUCAGAUCUCCCAGUUACAGCGAUUGUUAGCGCAGCAGCAAAGGGCGCAGAGUCAGAGAAGCGUGCCUUCUGGUAACCGGCAGCAGCAAGACCAGCAGGGUCGACCUCUUAGUGUACAGCAGCAAAUGAUGCAGCAGUCUCGUCAACUUGAUCCAAACGUGUUGGUGAAGCAGCCGACUCCACCGUCUCAGCAGCAGUCACUCCAUCAGCCAGCCAUGAAGUCUUUCCUUGACAAUGUCAUGCCUCACACUACACCGGAGCUGCAAAAAGGGCCAUCACCAAUAAAUGCUUUCAGCAACUUUCCUAUAGGCUUGAACUCGAACUUGAAUGUAAAUAUGGAUAUGAACAGUAUUAAAGAGCCACAGUCAAGACUAAGGAAGUGGACUACAGUGGACAGCAUUUCUGUGAACACAUCUUUGGAUCAAAAUUCCAGCAAACAUGGUGCUAUUUCAAGUGGUUUCAGGCUGGAGGAAUCCCCAUUUGUUCCCUAUGACUUUAUGAACAGCAGUUCUUCACCAGCCAGUCCUCCAGGUUCAGUAGGAGAUGGCUGGCCACGUGCCAAAUCGCCCAACGGCUCUAGCAGUGUUAAUUGGCCACCAGAAUUUCGCCCUGGUGAGCCAUGGAAAGGUUAUCCAAACAUUGACCCCGAAACUGACCCUUACGUCACUCCUGGCAGUGUCAUAAACAAUCUUUCAAUUAAUACUGUGCGGGAAGUUGACCACCUCAGGGACAGGAACAGUGGGUCAUCCUCAUCCUUGAACACCACGCUGCCUUCAACUAGUGCCUGGUCAUCCAUUCGUGCCUCCAACUACAACGUUCCCCUCAGCAGUACAGCACAAAGCACUUCAGCCAGAAAUAGUGAUUCCAAAUUGACAUGGUCUCCUGGUUCAGUCACAAACACCUCUCUGGCUCAUGAGCUGUGGAAGGUCCCUUUGCCACCUAAGAACAUCACUGCUCCGUCCCGCCCGCCUCCGGGACUGACUGGUCAGAAGCCGCCCUUGUCUACGUGGGAUAAUUCUCCCCUUCGUGUAGGUGGAGGAUGGGGAAAUUCUGACGCCAGAUAUACCCCAGGUUCCAGCUGGGGUGAGAGCAGCUCAGGGAGAAUAACAAAUUGGCUUGUUCUGAAAAACCUUACACCUCAGAUCGAUGGCUCAACUCUGCGUACCCUGUGCAUGCAGCAUGGCCCGCUGAUCACAUUCCACCUGAACCUCCCACACGGAAACGCUUUGGUCCGCUACAGUUCAAAGGAAGAGGUAGUGAAGGCACAAAAGUCUCUGCACAUGUGCGUCCUGGGGAACACGACUAUUCUUGCUGAGUUUGCCAGUGAAGAGGAGAUCAGUCGUUUCUUUGCACAAAGUCAGUCUCUGACCCCUUCUCCUGGCUGGCAGUCCCUCGGGUCCAGCCAGAGCCGGCUGGGCUCCCUCGACUGUUCCCACUCCUUCUCCAGCCGGACCGAUCUCAAUCACUGGAAUGGUGCUGGGCUGUCGGGAACUAACUGUGGAGACCUUCACGGCACUUCCCUCUGGGGGACCCCACAUUAUUCCACAAGCCUGUGGGGUCCCCCAAGCAGCAGUGACCCCCGGGGAAUUAGCAGCCCAUCCCCCAUUAACGCUUUCCUUUCUGUUGACCACCUGGGUGGGGGUGGGGAGUCCAUGUAGGGUGUAGUUGUAGACUCACAAACUGUGACCUCAAGAUGCGAGAGAUGGAGCACUAAGUUGGGCUCGCCGCCUGCAGCCAGGGGCCACCUGUGGGAACAGCUGUUCUCUGCACAUUUUCCACUUUGUUUUCCCCAAAACAUAUCAGUUUGAAUACUUGAAUCAUGCAGGCCAAUAUUAUAAUGUGAAAAGGUAUCUAUCUAUUUACACUCCCAAGUAGCGCCAUACAUGCUAGACCAUAUAGAAUGAGCUCACUCGUGUAUAUUCAUCAUGUUUAGCCUUGGAUUCAUUCUUCCUUUCUUCUUUCUGUUUUUUUCUCCUCCCUCCCCACCCCCCCUUUCCUUUUUUUGCAAAACCAUUUUUUGGGCUGAUAAUGUAUGAGCUUUUACCUUUGCACUGAAUGAUGCUCUCUCCGUCUAAUCGGCAAUAUGGGGGGGCAGCUGUUCCAGUGUAAAUGUUUACUCAAGGAUGUUCUUAAAGGUGUGCGCUCUCUACUAUGCCUUGAUGUUGCCUACCUUGUUGUGGUAUCGUGGAGUUUAAAAGAUCAAGUUAUGAUACUGACUUAGGAUUAUUAAUGAAAGUAUUGCACCAGUUUUUUCAUGUUGUAAAACUAAAGAAUUUCGCUCUGCAGUUUGAAAAACUGUGGCCACAGCUGUGACUUGCAGCCCACCUGCCACCCAGGACGGGCCCUGCACUUUGAAUAGGCUUUCCAUUUUGUUUUGAAGGUUCUCACGCUGAGCCUUCUUGUUUACAGAUUUUUUUGUUUGUUUUUUGAGAAAAAAAAAAUGUUUACUCUUCCAUCAUUUAAAAAAAAAUUAAAAAACAAAAAAAAAAUGGAGGAUGAUUUAAAAGAUGCUUUCUAUCUCUGGGAAAAAAGGAGCAGCAUUUGGCCAUGUUCUUUCGUUUUUCUAUUCCUGUCCUAAAUCAAAGAGCAUGGUUCUCAGGAAAACCAGUUCCCCAGUUAAAAAAAAAAAAAAAAAAAAAAAAUCCUUGUAGUUUCUUAUAGGAAAAAAAGAGACCCCCCCCCCAACUUUUAGCACUGAUACUACGUAUUGCUCUGUUAAAGAAUUUUCUCUGCCAAAAAAGAAAAAAAAAAGAAAAAAAUGCUUAAAGCUGGAGUUGGACAUUCUGCUUUCAGAUGCUGUCUUUUUCUUAGUGAUGAUGGUUUGCUAAUAAUCAAUAGGUGAUGAUUUUUGUAAUCCCAUCAAGUGGCUCUCUGUUUCUGCUCUCUUGUGACUGUGUUAAUGUUUAACUGUUGUACCUUAAAGCCGAAAUCAGUAACUAUGCAUACUGUAACCAAGGUAUUGGGCCUACAGAGUUGUUUGUUGUAUAAAGAAAAUUUUAAAUGUUGUUGCAAACUAACGAGUUACAUCAUUUUUAAAUUUCUCCCCCCGCCCUUUUUCGCCCACAAAUGGUAUUAUAAUGCUUGCUUAGUCAAAGAAGAGAGACUAAACAAGGGUAAAAAUUUUAACAGUACAGAAUUUGCCAUCAUUUCAUUGCCUUGAUUCUAACUGUUUGUGUCCUAAGAUGCAAAAGAAGUCAGUGGCUUUUAACUGUUUACAAAUAGAAUGUGAUUGUAAAUGUACAGUUCGGUUGUGUUGAAUUAUGAACUUUCUUCAGAUAUAAUAAACCAUGACUUUUUGGCUGCUCAA